GAAGCUGCUCGCUGACGGCCUACCGCAUCACGCCCCAGGGCUUCCAGUGGGGCAAGUCCAACAAGGACACGGGCCCGAACCCGGCGGGUUUCCUGCCCACGCACGCGGAGAAGGUGCAGAUGCUGCUGAGUGACAUCUUCUUGGGCUUCUUCAUGGUGCCGGACAACGGCAUCUGGAACUUCAACUUCAUGGGACAGAAGCACAACCCCACCAUGAAGUACAGUCUUUGCGUGGAGAACCCGCGGGAGUACUACCAUGAGUGCCACAGGCGGUUUCGAGGGGUAUCGAGAAGACUCAGCAGGUUGCUCGGAUCCUUCAUGCUUUGA